AGGUGCGGGCCGGCUGGCGGGAGCGGACGCGGGGGACCUCCGGGGCCUGAGGGCUGAUGCGCAGCCGUCCCCGGCGGGUAAGGGGCGGGCAGGGCCCGAAAGGCCACACGGGCCUGGUGCGGCACCGGUCUCUCGUGAGCCGCCCUACCUUCCCGCCUGCGGGGAACACUUCCGCCGCUUCGAGGCCAUUUUAUCUCCGUCCUCCGUCCCCAAGGCCUGGGGUGAGAGGGGUGCUCUGGCGGCCGGAGAGACCGGCCACUCACGGAGGCCGGAGGAUGCCCUCCCCGGGCUGAGCGGCGGCGCUCGUUUUUUCCUCGCCUCGGUGUCGCCCCCUUCACCUCCCUUGGGCCUCUCCCGAGGACCUGGCGGCACUAACGAGUUCAGCAAGGAAAAAAAGAAACAUUCGUUCCCUACAUUUCAUGUCACGCAGUAGGAUGUUACUACGUUCUCUUGUAGACUUCCAUUUUUAAAUGAGUAUGAGCAUUCUGAGGAAAGAAACUGAAUUAUUGCAGAUUUUUGUGAAAUCCAAGUCUUACCUUGGAUCCCUGUGAGACAGUUACUAGAUUUUUUUUUCACCGUUUUUCAUAAGUCUGUGUACACGUAAUGGAAAAGCCCGAGUUCUUGUUUUGAUAAGAAAGUCACUUGGUUGUUUGAUCCCAAAGGAUUAGCUUAACAUUAUCAAGGACUAGCAUAACUGUGAUUAUGUAAAAAAAAACAAAAACAAAAACAAAAACAAAACCAAAAAACAUUUAGUCUGGUAGAGAAAUACUUCUAUGAGUAUGUUACAAUUGGAAGUUGUAUUUGUGCCUAUUUUAUCUAGUUUUAGUUAAUUCCAUUGCUUCGGAAGAUAAGUGGACGUCAUAGAUCCAUCACAAGUUCUCGUUUUUUGGAUUUUAAAAUUUUGACCAUUAAGUUUUCUACGAUAGAUAAACAUGUUGUGGACAUUUAAAACCGUAAUUUAAAACUAUGAGCGAAAAAUCUUUUCAAGGUGGAUACAUUUUAAUUCAUUCAAGUAGCAUCUGAUUAGCCAAGUCGGGGAAAGAUUGCAGUCCGCAAGCUGGCUUGUGAUAAGGUUGAGGUUACAUUUUAAGGGUUUGGGUAGGUGUGUUUCUUACAGUGCUUUUAUAUGUUAAGGUAUCUUAAGCAGACACAUGGUUUAAAAGUUCAGUAUUUUUAGUACUUUUUUAUUGGCAGAAUUUGGACAAGCUACCAGAAUUGCUAACUCCUAAAGGAUAAAAGUAAUAAUAAUAGUGUGUCCCAGGCACUGCUUAUUUUUACAUGGCUCUUUUAUGUCUAGCUUUUCGAAUUCAACGUUGAGUCAUGUUUGCUGAAAAUAUUUUUGUGUAUUGUUUGUCAGAAAUAAGCUGGUAGAGAUGAAACGCAAUGUGUAAAAAGCCCUGUGAUGUGGAGAUGAGCAUUGUCACAAUUUGUACAGUACAUUAAAGCGUUCAAGGUCUCUUAUGGUCUUGUAUGUAGUAUUGAAUCCCCUUGAAUAUAUUGUUUAGCAGUUUUGAUCAUUAUGUAUUUGCUUCUUGCUCCUCAAAAUUGUAUGUUAGUUAGUAGGUCCUUCAGCAAAAGAAGACUGAAGAUAGUAUUUUGGUUUUAUUCUUGUUUUUAAUUUUUUUAGUUGUCUCCAAAUUUUCUGCCUCUAAAUAUUUUGUUUCUUGUAGUUACUAAGCUUAACACAGAAAAACUUUUCAGUAUCUCCACAAUAGUAUACUUCAUUGUGUAUUGUGUAUAACAAGAUGUUCCAUCUGACUAAAAUAUAUUGCUGUAAAUAUUUUCUGCCUUUGAAGAUGUAGUUAAUAGAAUUUAAUAUUUUCUAAGUGCACAUUGAAGUUGCCUUUUAUGUUCAUAUUAUGUUCAUAUUUUAUUUGAAAAAUCUGUAUAGCAUUUUUAUUGUGCUGAAAGCAUUAAUAUUUGCAGCACUUUGUGAGACAGGCAAAAUUAUCUUUUUGCUGACUUGGAAACUGCAAGAGUUAAAAGACUUGCUUGGAAUCACACAUGGCAGAUAGAGGAUAAGGAAAAGAUGGCCUUUCAGUUCCUCAUCAGUACCUUGCUACUACAGUGUCUGAAGAUUGGUGUCUUACAUUCAGCUAUGAUUUGUUUCACCAAGGAUUCAAGAUGACCAACGAAGAACCUCUUCCUAAGAAGGUUCGAUUGAGUGAAUCAGACUUCAAAGUUAUGGCAAGAGAUGAGUUAAUUCUAAGAUGGAAACAAUAUGAAGCAUAUGUACAAGCUUUGGAGGGCAAGUACACAGAUCUUAACUCUAAUGAUGUAACUGGCCUAAGAGAGUCUGAAGAAAAACUAAAGCAACAACAGCAGGAGUCUGCACGCAGGGAAAACAUCCUUGUAAUGCGACUAGCAACCAAGGAACAAGAGAUGCAAGAGUGUACUACUCAAAUCCAGUACCUCAAGCAAGUCCAGCAGCCGAGCGUUGCCCAACUGAGAUCAACAAUGGUAGACCCAGCGAUCAACUUGUUUUUCCUAAAAAUGAAAGGUGAACUGGAACAGACUAAAGACAAACUGGAACAAGCCCAAAAUGAACUGAGUGCCUGGAAGUUUACGCCUGAUAGCCAAACAGGGAAAAAGUUAAUGGCGAAGUGUCGAAUGCUUAUCCAGGAGAAUCAAGAGCUUGGAAGGCAGCUGUCCCAGGGACGUAUUGCACAACUUGAAGCAGAGUUGGCUUUACAGAAGAAAUACAGUGAGGAGCUUAAAAGCAGUCAGGAUGAACUGAAUGACUUCAUCAUCCAGCUUGAUGAAGAAGUAGAGGGUAUGCAGAGUACCAUUCUAGUUCUGCAGCAGCAGCUGAAGGAGACACGCCAGCAGUUGGCUCAGUACCAGCAGCAGCAGUCUCAGGCCUCUGCCCCAAGUACCAGCAGGACUACAGCUUCUGAACCUGUAGAACAGUCAGAGGCCACAAGUAAAGACUGCAGUCGUCUGACAAACGGACCAAGUAAUGGUAGCUCCUCCCGCCAGAGGACGUCUGGGUCUGGAUUUCACAGGGAGGGCAACACAACCGAAGAUGACUUUCCUUCUUCUCCAGGGAAUGGUAAUAAGUCCUCCAACAGCUCAGAGGAGAGAACUGGCAGAGGAGGUAGUGGUUACGUAAAUCAACUCAGUGCGGGGUAUGAAAGUGUAGACUCUCCCACGGGCAGUGAAAACUCUCUCACACACCAAUCAAAUGACACAGACUCCAGUCAUGACCCUCAAGAGGAGAAAGCAGUGAGUGGGAAAGGUAAUCGAACUGUGGGUUCCCGCCACGUUCAGAAUGGCUUGGACUCAAGUGUAAAUGUACAGGGUUCAGUUUUAUAAUAUUUUUUCAGCAAAUUUUUAUACAGUGUCAUUUAAUUUGGGAGAGGAUACUGUCCAGAAAAUUAAUGCAUACUUUUGUCACAAUUUGCCUUUUUGUGGGUGUACGUUUUGGUUUUUUUUUGUUGUUUUUUUCUUUGUUUUUUUUUUUCUUUCUUUCUUUUUUUUUUUUUUUUGCUUCAAUACUUCUGCCGCUUUGGAAAUUGUAACAGUUAAUUAAUUUGAAUGUUGCUAAAAGGACAUUUUGUGUAGGGUCAAGUUAUUUUUAUAUGAGUUAAUGUGAAAUUGUAAAUGGAAAUUUUUCCUUAAAAUACAACACAAUGAUGUCUGUAUAAAUCUAUGUCUGUUUAGAAUCUGUGCUGUGUAAGGGCAUUCGUACUCAUGCUGUUACUGUACUUAUGCACCAUUCAGACUUGUUAGAGUAGAUGUGGGUUUAUGACUGCCAAGUUUGCCCAGUACAGUAGUUUUUUAUCACUAAAAGUUGGACUCAUUGAUGGAGUCCUGUAGUAGUUUCAGUGUUAGAUACAGUUUUUUCCACCAUACAUCUGUGCAUUUUCUCUUUAGGUGACUGUUUAAGAAAUUUGUGUGCAUAGUUACUCAGUUUUUAUGAACUGUUGUAUCCUGUUAAUGCAUAUUGCUCUGUGACUCCAGUAUAUCUUACCUGUACUGACCAAACCUAAAUAAAGAUUUUUAUUGUAACUCCUUAA